ACGACACUGUGUGUAUGCGGCGCCAUUUUCUCAGCGGAAAAGGUGAACGAGAUUAUGGUGGCAGCGGUGGACAGCGCGGCAUUCGAGCUGCACACGGCCAUCUUCGCGCAGCGACUGGCCAGUAUGGUGCUGGUUCCGGUGUCGAUGUCGCUGACCGGUUCGGCGUACGUCGACCUGCCGGUCAAGGAGCGCGUGAGCGGCCUCAAGCUGGUGCAGCUCAUGACCGGCCUGUCCUCCGAGCGAUACUGGUUGUCCACCUUCGCCACGGACCUACUGACGCACGUCGUGUCCUCCCUGUUAUGCACGCUGCCGCUGCUGUUCCUCGACCGGGACAUAUGGUUCUGCAGGGACCACUACAAGCUCGGUACCACCUUCGGGCUGUACUUCAUGUUCGGCUGGGCCUUCUUCCCGGUGACGUACAUUUCCUCUCUCAUGUUCGAGUCGUCCCUGCUCGCCUACUUCUCUCUCGUCAGUUUCGGCGCUCUCUUCGGCACGGUGCUCAACGUAUGCAUCAGCGUGUUCGCGCCGCGCACGGUGUCGACGUACCGGCCGCGGCGCGACCUGGACGGCUACUUGGAGAUCGGCUCGCUGCCGCUGCGCAUCAUGCCCCAGUUCACGCUGGCCCGCGGCACGGGCCAGUUGCGCAGCGCGUACCUGGAAUACGCCGCCUGCUGCCACCUGGGGGCGCAGUUCCUGUUGCAAGUCUGCAACUACACCUUUCUCAGCCCGGCGACGCGCGGCGAGGCGCACAUCGUCACCAGGAUACUCAAGUGUUGUAAAGUUCGAUGCGACCACAUCUGCCCCGUGUACGAGGAGCAGCACAGCGGAAUCGCGCCGCGCAGCAACUCGCACGUGUGGGACCUGACCAUCUUCUUCCUGAGCGGACUGCUCUACCUGAUGCUGGUCAUCGGCUGGGACAUGCAGACGCAGGGAAAGUUCGACCCGCACACCCUCGAAUCCUUCUUCGCCCAGGAGCCAGACAAAUCGGACAAGCCCGGCGGCAAAGAGCCCAGCAGCGAGGAGAAGAGCGUGAUGGAGGAGAAGCAAUUCGUGGCGGGCCUCAUGCGCUACCUGCUCAGCGCGGAAGGCACCAAAGGAAAAGCGGCGCGCGCCACCCACUCCUCCGAAGGCGACGCUAGCGGCCGCUCUGGCGCCAGUGCCGGCGAGUCGGGCACCGAGCAGCAGGGCGGGCCAAACCGCGCGCCCGCCGGUCUCGUGGUGCUCGAGGCGACCAAGGCGGGCACCCUGGGGCCUCUCAGCUUCCACGUGCCGCCGGCCGAGGUGUUCGGCAUCCUCGGUCUGGGCCAGGCCGGCCGCUCGCUGCCUGCUGCGCAUCAUCGCCGGCAUCGUGCGCCCCGACACCGGCAACGUCUUCAUCAACGGCAUCGACGCCCGCCGAAGGCCACUCAACAAGCACGCACCGGCGCAAGCUGACCGUGGCCAUGGCCCUCGCGGGUCGGCCACCCGUGCUCGUUCUGGACGAGUGCACAGCGGGCGUGGACCCGGCCACCCGGAGCCGCCUCUUCCAGUCGCUGGGACGGGUGCACGACGAGUGCAACC